UUGAUUGUUUACAGCUCGUACCGCUCGUACCGCGGGCGGUACUGCCUGGCCGAUGCGUAUUUAGGAAGGUAACCAGCGCAAUGGCAGGGCUGAACAGCCUGUUCACGUUCACCAGUCCAGCCGUGAAAAAGCUGUUGGGAUGGAAGCAGGGUGAUGAGGAGGAGAAAUGGGCAGAGAAGGCAGUGGAUGCACUGGUCAAGAAGCUGAAAAAGACCAAGGGCGCGCUGGAGGACCUGGAGAACGCGCUGAGCCGUCCCGGCGAGCGCACCAACUGCGUCACCAUCCCGCGCAGCCUAGACGGCCGUCUGCAGGUGUCGCACCGCAAGGGCCUGCCGCACGUGAUAUACUGCCGCGUCUGGCGCUGGCCCGACCUGCAGUCGCACCACGAGCUGAAGCCGGUCGAGGACUGCGCCUACCCCUUCACGGCCAAGCAGAAGGACGUCUGCAUCAAUCCGUACCAUUACAAACGCGUGGAGAGUCCCGUGCUGCCGCCCGUGCUGGUGCCGCGCCACAACGAGUUCGCGCCGGGCCACUCGCUGCUGCACUUCCAGCCGCAGCAGCCGGAGCCGCUGAUGCCGCACAACGUCAGCUUCAGCGGCCAGGGCUUCAGCCAGCCGGGCUCGCCGCCCAGCGGCGCGCCGUCGCCGCUCUCCUCCAUCUCCUCGGCCGGCUCGCCGCGUCCGGUCGGCGCCGGGCCGCAGUCGCCGUUCGGCCUGCAGGCCGACACGCCGCCGCCGGCCUACAGCCAGCUGGACGAGGGCGGCGCGGCCGGCGGCGACGCGGCCAACCGCAUGGACACCUCGGGCGGCGCGGUGGCCGCCGGCGACUUGCAGCCCAUCACAUUCCAGGAGCCAAAAUUCUGGUCCAGCAUCGCCUACUACGAGCUGAACAACCGCGUGGGCGAGGUGUUCCACUCGUCGGUCAACUCUGUGAUCGUGGAUGGCUUCACCGACCCCAACAACAAGUCCGACCGGUUCUGCCUCGGCCAGCUCUCCAACGUCAACCGUAACUCCACCAUCGAGAGCACACGCAAACACAUCGGAAAAGGCGUGCACCUGUAUUACGUGGGCGGCGAGGUGUACGCCGAGUGUCUCUCCGACUCGGCGGUGUUCGUGCAGUCCCGCAACUGCAACCACCACCACGGCUUCCACCCGUCCACCGUCUGCAAGAUCCCGGCCGGCUGCAGUCUCAAGAUCUUCAACAACCAGGAGUUCGCCCAGCUGCUCUCGCAGAGCGUCAACCACGGCUACGAGGCCAUCUUCGAGCUGACCAAGAUGUGCACCAUCAGGAUGUCGUUCGUGAAGGGCUGGGGCGCCGAGUACCACCGCCAGGACGUGACCUCCACGCCUUGCUGGAUCGAGAUCCAUCUGCACGGGCCGCUCCAGUGGCUGGACAAGGUGCUCACGCAGAUGGGCUCGCCGCACAACGCCAUCUCCAGCGUGUCGUGAUGGGCCGGCCGGGGCCGGCGGCGGCGGCGGCGCGCGAUCUCACGGAGGGCCGCCGCGAGCGACUCUCCCCGGCCGCCGCCGCCUCGGACUCUGAGGCAGUCGCCUGUCGCGAGGCUGGCGCCGCGAGACCGCUGCGCUGGCAGACAGCCGCUGCAGAGGCUUCCACGCGGACGCCAGGAGCCGGCGAGAAGCCGCCUUUCCUGCCGACGGCGUCAGGAGGUCGCCGUCCGGUGAUGCCGCGGGACUCCCUUCCCUGGGGCCCCUCCCCCUCCUUUCCCCCCGCUCCCGCCCCGGCGGCCGCUGCCGUGCCGGGACCCGCCCGCGCCCCUGUACAUAGUGCCUUGGCACGCGGCGGGUCCAGAGGCAGGCGUGCGCGCGGUGUCCGCGUGGCCAGUAGAUCGAGCGGUAGUGCGAGCUUGGCGGCCCCCCGGUUCGGGGCGAGCCCCACGCGAUCAUUGUAACGGGCGGCGCUUGUUCGUGGCCAUAAUGCGGGCGCGACGCGAACAUUGCGCGCGCGCUCCGCAGAUGCGAUGCCACCGACGUCUGCGCGACCUGGCCCAGAGGUGGCCUCCAGUAUGAAGUAGGCGGCCCGGGGGCGGCGCCGGACGUACUCGUGCCAUUUGUCUGGUGAUCUAGUUGGACGCGGCCAGUUGCAAGGCGUUGCUCGGAUGUUGAUUUGAUGGGAUUUGAACCUGAUGUCACGCCCGCCGCGACCACGACACACGGUCUGCGGCGCCCCGCGCGUAACGUGUGCAUAAUACGAGGCGGCGAAAGGGCCCGAACGGUGACAAUCAUGUGACGUCCAAAGCCGCUGGCCCUGCCAGCUGACAAGACAACGAAAUGCUCGUCCGAUUUGAUCCAGCUUUUAUCGUGAGUCGUUUAAUGUGAAUAGCGUUUUUACUAUAGUAGUGGCUUGUAGGGAUUGUGCUUGCAACGUAUAGCGGCGAAUAGCAUUACCGUGCUGGCCUCGGGUGCCGCCCGCGAUGGGGGCAAAGGCAUUUGACAUUUCGAUAUAUUUUCGCGGCUUUCAUACGUGGAAUCUUGUUUUGCAUAAAUACACUUCAG